AUGAAGAAGUUCUACUCCAUUGACGCUGCUGACGUGUGCGUCAAACAGUACUGCCACGCACACAGUGGUGAUUGCCCUCUCCUCAGCAAAGACAGCGACUUGGAAGUUGCAGGCCUGCCAUGCUGGGACUUUAGCAUUGCUGGCAAGAGGAGAAUGGAAGAGGGUCCCACCAACACCGCCUUUAUAACGCACGCAAAGCGGAUGGUCGAGAAGGAGAACCUACGGAUCCAAAUGAUCAAGCUGCUCUACGGGGGGCACUACAACAUCAAGAAGCUCAUGACUGAAACAGAUGAUGUAGGUCACUCUGGCGCUUCUCGUGAAAGGGUCUACCUGAUAUUGAGCCAUAAGAGAAAGACGGUAGAGAUUGCAGACCCAGUGGCCGUGUAUGAGAAAAUCAGGAACUUCAUCAGGCAAUCGAUUCAGACCACCCCUUCCGACUACAUGGUCUCCUCGGACAGCGAGGUGCUGCGGGAAGCUGCGCAGCUAGCUGUCAAGAGAGGUAUGCGUGCGCCAGCCACUGUUGCACCUGGCCGAUUGGGUGUGAAGAAGCUUCUCAACAAGCGUGAGAAGCAGGCUGUGGCAUACCUUGACCAUGCAUACAAACAAAGGGCUAAACAGAAUCCUGAAUUCGAUCCCGACUUGGUGUACUUCUUGGGGGACAACCCUUGGAACAGAAUUGUGUGGAGCGCAGCCAGUGGCAGACUCCCAACCCUGCGCAUGAAUCGGGGGCUGAUGUGGAUCCCACACAGAUCCCGGUGGCUUACAGCUCGGGAACGACUGGCAAGCAUGGGCUUUCCCGUGACACAGGCAAUGGCAGAGGCUAUGGGGAGUAUGGAGAUUCCGAUUAAGGACGUCCAGAGGGCUUCAAGUGCCGCUGGCAACGCAAUGCACUUUGGUGUAGUGGGGCUGGUUCAAAUGGUCGCGCUUGCCUCCUACCGCCGCACCUGA